AUGAAUGUCUCCGUGGAUGCCUUGAAUGUGACAGCUGGGUCUCGCAAGCUUCUGCAAUAUGUCAACUGCUCCUUCCAGGCGGGGCAAAUGAUCGCGCUGAUGGGUCCAUCGGGGGCUGGCAAGACCACGCUGCUGAACAGCAUGGUUGGUCGGGCUUCUGGCUCCAUUGGCGGCACGGUCACCUACAACGGCCACUCGUUGGUGCACGCAAGGAGCUGCAUAGGCUAUGUGACCCAGGAGGAUAUCAUGUAUGAGACCUUGACUCCGCGUGAGAACUUGACGUUUGCAGCGGCGUUCAUUCUACCGAGCCUGCCGCAUGCGAAGCGGCAGCAGGCCGUGGAAGACAUCAUAGAGAAGCUAAAGCUACAGAAAUGCGCUGACACGGUCGUGGGCUCUCCAGGCUUGGUGCGAGGAAUUUCUGGCGGUGAGAGGAAGCGCACAAAUGUGGCCUUGUCCAUGCUGGGGCAACCAUCUCUGCUCCUGCUGGAUGAGCCGACCAGCGGUUUGGACUCGAAGAUGUCUGACUCGUUGAUGAAAGACGUCAAGGAAAUCGCCUUGGAGGGUUGCACAGUGCUUGCGACCAUCCACCAACCAUCCGAGGCAGUCUUCCGCCGCUUCGACCGAGUCCUCCUGCUCCGGGCUGGACAGGUGGCCUACUUCGGGCCCGUGGCGGAGCUUCGGGACGUCUUACUGGGCCUGGGGGUUCACUGCCCACCAGGGCUGCCGCUGCCUGAGCUGCUGCUGGAGGUCUUGGAGGAGGGCCAGGAGGAGAGGCAGCAGCAGCUGCGGCAGCUGAGCCUUGGCAAGGCCAAGGCGAAAGACGAGCAACCGGAGGCCAAGGGCUUCCAGAGAGCUGGGUGGCCGAGGCAGCUGGGCAUUUUGCUGCGCAGGGAGCUGGUGAACCUGAAAAGGAGCAAGGGCCUCACCGUCGUGCGCGCGGCGCAGUCUGUGGCCUCCUCCCUGCUCAUUGGCUGGAUCUUUGUGCAGCUGGAGCGGAACAUGUCCGGGCUCCAGCCACGGCUGUUCUCCAGCUUCAUGCUGGUCUUCUCCCAGUUCCUCUUCGCAGUGCUUGGGGUGGUAAACGCCUUUCCGUCGGAAAGGGCGGUGUUCUUGCGAGAGACCCAGGACAAGCUGUAUCAUCCAGCCACUUUCUACCUGGCCAAAGUCUGCAUCGACACGGCCAUGCAAUGUUUCUUUCCCCUCUUGGUUCUUGUCAUCAGUUACCCCCUCAUCGGCUUGAACGGCGAGAGCGCGGACCGCAUCCUGCUUUUCUACGUGAUCAUGGCGGUGGUGUCCAACUGCGGGGCGGGGAUGGGCUUCAUGGUGUCUGCCGCGGUGCCCAGCGUGAGCCUGGCCUUGUCCAUCGCCCCUGGCCUCAUGAUGCCGCAGCUGCUGCUGGCGGGAAUCUUCACCAAGGUGGAGGACUUGCCGCAGCCGUUCAACGCCCUCAGCUACGUCAUGGUGGCACGCUAUGCGGUGCAGGCUACGGUGACAAACGAGUUCAACUGCAUCCCGAAGGAUGGGUGUGACCAGAGCUGGCACGCUAGUCCCGAGGAUCAGUGUGGCAGCUCGCCGUGCGACUUCUGUUGCACAGAUGCCGAGAUGAGCGCAGCGGGUGGCAUUUGCCCGGUCCUGUCAUGUGACGAUGCAAUCAAAUUCUUGAACAUGGACGAAGUUUGGCCAUCUGGAGGCACGCAUGACGAGACAGUUGCAUACAAUAUCAUCGCGCUGCUCGUGUUGCUGGCAUUUUUCCGGCUGCAGGGGCUCAACAUCCUUAUGAUGAGCUACCGAAGAGCAACCACGGGCUCAGCCCUUCCCUGCAAGUGUCGUUGCCCCGCGAGGGCCCGCAGUGCCAUUGACACUGAGUAG